AUGGCAUAUCCACGUGUAGGUGCAGUGGUGUGGGAAGGCGUGCUGCUCCUGUGGGCACUACUUGUCGUGCUCGCUGCAGCUGGUGCACGUGGUAUCGUCGUCCACGGGCCCCCCACACAUUCCCCUUCGUCCUCCUUAUCAGGCUCGGUGUCACUCCUUCCAAGGGACCACGGGCUCCUCAUUGUCGUUUACCUGAACGCCACCGCAUUCCCAUCGUCAGGGGAGUCCACAACGGCGUUUCUCCUGGCACUCAAAGACGACUUGCAUGAUGGCGUCCUCCCGGGGCUCUCCCGUGUGGAGGGCGAUUCGUCUUCCGUCCCACCGUCUGGUGAGGUCCCGGAAUGCUCGCUCCACUGCUCUACGCCACACCACGCAGGGACUGUGGAUAAUGCAAAUGUAACAAAACCCUGUGCAUCUCACCCCAUACUCCUUUGUAUGCGGAAAAUCGAGUCACAGACGAUUCCAGUGCAACUUUAUACGGAAUGCCGAGAGCGUAUCCACUCCCUGUAUCGAUUGGAUAGAGUGAAGCACAGUGAGUUCAGAAAUGGUCAGAAGAAUGUUUUUGCGCGUUCUUCGGAGGCGUACCACGAAAUGACAGGUGAUCCGCGUCACAUUGUCGCCGUUGGUGGGGACUGCCGACUCCUGAGACCAGCGCUCGGAUCCCCAGAGACAAAGUCGUGUGGUCGGAUAUCCUGCGUGGGUGUUGCCAUGACUGUGGUAGCCGCUGUCAUUUUACUAAUUGUAGUUGCUUUUCUUGUGCUUUAUUUUUGGCAGCGGCUCGGCUGCUGCCUGUUCGCUGAUGAUGAUGAAAGCAGCCCCUCUUCACAGCUGAUUAUCCACACGUCUCACAAUGCCGAGAAGGGCAGGAGCUUGGCGUCGAAAACGAGCACAAAUCCUUUGGAUCCACCCGGCCUCUCACACCGGCUGUUCCACUAUCGAUCUGAAAACGUGGGCGCCUCGCUGUCCACGCCGUCAGCCUUGGAUGAGGCGAAGUUCUUGGAAAUAGAGGCCUACCUCAGUCAGGAGGAUAGCAAGCCGUCAACCACGGCAUCUACAGCUUCGCUGCAUCGUUCUAUUCCGUCGUCGUCGUCGUAUGAGCCACCGCAGCUAACGGACGUGGACCCUCCGCUGGACAACAGCAAGAGGAACAGCAGCUCGGGUGCGGCGCAGUCAGAGCGUGCGUCGCCCCACAUUCGCGAUGUUGAUAUAUCCAAGGAGGAGCGUGAGCAGCUGCAGCGCCAGCGGUCCUGGCUCAUGGAGCAUGUGAUGGGUCUUGAUACUCUGUAG